UCCUGCCUAUCCUUUGUCGUUGCUGGGCGCUUCCGGACAACGUGACGACGCGGAUGCGCGAAGACAGAGAAAGGGAAAAUAACAGAGGCUUUUAACUCCAGAUAUUGGAAAUAAAUAACAUAGAUAGCGAAUAUGCUAUUGAUGUGGUGUUGUGUGUGCCGAUCCGGUUAGCCAUCUACAGGAAAACAAGCUAGUUAUUCCAAAAAGCAACAAUCGGUUACCUAUAUAACGUUAGAUGUUUAGGAAGCUAGCCUAGCUAGCUUAAAGUAGCUGUCUACAUAGCGAAGUUAGCCCUCAGUUUUAAUCUCAUAUUCGUUUUAGCUCGUUGGUUUCUUUUCAAAUUGAAUUGUGUCGGUCAGACCAUCCAAUCGAGAGCGCCUGGCUUUCUGACAAUCGUGGAGUUCAACUUGGCGUGUCUUGCUUUUUGUGAGAAUGGCAACAUCGGCCCUUUACGCGUGUACAAAGUGUAACCAGCGAUAUCCGUUUGAGGAGCUAUCCCAGGGACAACAACUGUGCAAGGAGUGUCGAAUUGCGCACCCUAUUGUGAAAUGCACAUUCUGCAGGUCUGAAUUUCAGCAGGAGAGCAAAACAAACACAAUCUGCAAGAAAUGUGCCCAGAAUGUUAAACAGUUUGGGACGCCAAAGCCGUGUCAGUAUUGUAACAUCAUCGCCGCAUUCAUCGGGACAAAGUGUCAGCGUUGCACAAAUUCUGAAAAGAAGUAUGGCCCCCCACAGACCUGCGAGCAGUGCAAACAGCAGUGUGCCUUCGACAGGAAAGAGGAGGGGCGGCGAAAGGUGGAUGGAAAGCUGCUGUGCUGGUUGUGUACUCUGUCAUAUCGCCGCGUACUACAGAAGACCAAGGAGCAGCGGAAAGGCCUGGGAUCCUCUCACUCCAACUCGUCAUCACUCGGUGAGAAGGAGCACCAGAGACAGCACCAUCACCACCACCACCACCAACAUCGCCACAGCAGCUCACACCACAAGCUUAGUGGUAGCCUGAGUCCAGAGCAAGAACAGGGAUUAUGGAAGCAGAGCCACAAAUCAUCCUCCAUUCAGAAGGAAACUCCAAAGAAGAAACCAAAACUAGAAAUGAAGCCAUCAAACGGAGACAGCAGCUCCAUUGCUCAGUCUGUGGAUUCGGGAGGGACGGACAACUUCAUUCUCAUCAGCCAGCUGAAGGAGGAGGUGAUGGCUCUGAAGAGAGUUCUGCAGCAGCGAGAUCAAACCAUCUUGGAAAAGGACAGGAAGCUCACUGAGCUCAAGGCAGAUUUUCAGUACCAGGAGUCCAAUAUGAGGGUGAAGAUGAACAACAUGGAAAAAGGCCAUAAGGAGUCCAUGGAGCAGCAACAGGCCAAAAACCGUGAGUUGAUGAAACAAGUGGCUGCGCUUUCCAAAGGGAAGAAGUUUGAUCGCUCUGGAAGUUCACUCCUGUUGCCAUAGCAGAAAUCAAUGGCAUGGGGACGGGCUUCACUGUAUUAUCACUUUGAGAUCAGAGGCCAAGCCUCUGCACGCUCUCUUAUGCUUGAUCGUUUUCUUUUUUCUUCUCUUCUGUUCAAACAAACAGAAGCCGUCACGUUUUUUAGAUUCUUUGGAAACAUUUUUAAAAGGUUUUUCACAGAAUUGCUGAUGGUUUGGACCGGUAUGACGUGUUGGACUCAGAUAGUUGGGUAGAUUCUAAACAGCAGAAGCGGGCCAGGCUCAUCCACAUCCACCCUUUUUAUAGUUCUGUCUGUAUUUAUUCAUUUAUAAGUUAAUGUCAUACUUCAUAUGCAAAAGAUGUUUUUUUUUUUUUUUUUUCUUCAAUGCAUUUUGUUUAGGUUCUCCGUUUUUUUAAUCAUGUAUACAUCUUCACUCAUAUUCCUGAAUCAUGGAAAUCUGGAGGUGGAUAUUUUUCCCCCACUUCUUUGUCCAGCCCAGGACCUCAUAUGCAAAGACAGCUCAUGAGUGACUGGUGGUGUCUUGAGUGUGUUCCUACCUUUCACCCCCCACCCCCACCCAUGUCUCGUACGCUCUCUCUGUCGUGGAACGAUUGUAUAGAUGCAUGACUCCUGAACAGUAUUGUACUUUUAGACCUAUUAUUACCAUGUUAUUCUGUUGUCUUUGAUUUUAUAUAAUAUCCACAUUAUGAGUUAUUUGGUUUACUGUGGACAGCCUUAUGUAUUUAUAAUGAUGGGUUUAGUGUGUCUUUACUGCCAGGCAGAGUAAAUGGUAGUCCAAUAGGAAACACUUUAUAAAGGUUCUCAGCUCCCUCUCUGUCUCAUUCAUUCACUUUAGAUACAUAUUUCCUGCUCUGUACAAAACACAAUUACACAUUCUCUGCUCACUCUCUUCUACGACUUUCUCUCUCUCUCUCGCGCGCUCUCUCUCUCUCUCUCCUACUCCUACUGUGUGUAUGGAAUGAGGGAUGAACUUCUUGCUGUGGUGUCUAGGAUCAUCCUUUUUUUACUACUUCCAAACCCAGGGAUAUUAAAUCUGAUAACUCUACUGCAUUGUUCUGGGUGUGCGUGUGUGUGCGUGUGUGUGACUGGCACAAAUAGGCACAUCCACAGUACUCUGGAAUUGGAACUGUACAAUAGUAUUUUAAAAGUACAUUUUAUUUGUGAAGUUUUUUAUGGUUAAAAAGCAGACAUGUAAACUCACUUGAGUCAAAUUUCCCUUUUGUUUGAGCAUUUGUAUGUGAAACUGCGAUAUACAAAGUAUUUGAUCAUUUCAAAAUAAAAUCCAGAAAAUGAUUUAUCCUA